AUGGAGGAAACGCCCAUUCUAUCCCCGGCCCGGGCCCAACUCGCAAAGAAAGCAGGCAGGUAUCGCAUGCUGGCGUCGAUUCUCUCUGGCCUGGACCGAUACCUCUCCUUCCCAUCCCCACCUCGCCCCUGUCUAAACAUCUCCAUUCCCUCAACAAUCAGCCAAACCCCGGGCUCCAUCCAGCUUUACUUCUACACAGCCACGGGCAAAGACCUCUCCCCCGAUUCACAAUCCACGAAACGGCCCGUCCUCAUCAACUUCCACGGCGGCGGUUUCACAAUCGGCCAUGCCGUCGACGACGCGCGCUGGUUCCGGAAAGUACUCCAGGGCUAUCCCGAUGCCGUAGUCGUCAGUGUAGGCUACCGACUCGCACCAGAACACCCAUACCCGACCGCAAUUCAAGACAGCACAGACGCAGUCCUCUGGCUAUGGAAAAAUGCCGAACAACAUAAUCUCGACCGAACCCGCUUCGUCUUAAGCGGCGAUAGCGCUGGGGGGAAUUUAUCCCUGACAGUUCCUCUAAUGUUAUACAACGAACGCGUGAAGCUACAGCAGCAGCAACAUCAACAGCAAAGCCCAAACAGCGAACAAGAGAAAGCGACAGAGGAGGAAGAAGUCCCGAUUUCAAGAUUAGCCGGUCUGAUCACCUUCUACCCUCCGACUAACUGGACUCGAACGCGUGAACAGCGCAACGCGACGAACCCAAUCGCUGCCCGGAAAUCCAUGAUUAAGCCGAACGUUUUCAAGCUUUUCGAUGACUCUUAUCUUGAUCCGGAGAGUUUGCCUUACACGUCUGCUGGUGCUGACGGUGAAUCGAAGGUGGUUGAGAUGUCGCAUCCUUAUCUCUCGCCUGGUCUGACGCCAACGACGCUCUUGCUGGCGGCGUAUCCGCGCAACGUUGCUAUCUAUACGUGUGGUUGGGACCAGUUACUGGUGGAGGGUAAUGAGUUUCGGGAACGAUUGCGCCUUUUGGCUGUUGAGGGGCAGAUGGCGCAUGUUGGGGGUAUGGUGAUUGAGGAUGUUGUGCAUGGGUUUGAUAAGAAGCCUUCUUUUGUGAUGGGGAAUAAGACUCGGGAUCGCAUGUAUGGGGAUGCGGUGAGGCAGUUGGGGGUUAUGUGGGAUUAG